AUGAGUCGUGCUGAAGUUGACUUACAAGUAAGUGUCAAGAAGGCAUGUAGUACAGAUGAAGUUCCUCCCAAGAGAAAGCAUGUCAGGGCUUGCAUUGUAUACACCUGGGAUCAUAAGAACUCUCGUGCAUUUUGGAAUGCUGUAAAGAUUCAACCCUUGCAAAGUGAUGAGGUUCAAUUAUUCAAAGCUUUGAUUAUGAUACAUAAAGUCCUACAAGAAGGACAUCCUAAUACAUUAAAGGAUGCAUACCGCAAUAGAGACUUUUUAUCUUCAUUAGGUACUGUUUUUCCUAAUGAUGGUCUUUCAUAUGGAAGAUUGAUCAAUCAAUAUGAUAGGUUUAUCUUGGAGAAAUUAGACUUCCAUAGAAACAAUCCUGGUUUCAAUGGGAUUUUUGAAUACGAAGAGUAUAUUUCAUUGAGAGCAGUCAACGAUCCGAAUGAAGGUUACGAAUCAAUUUUACAAUUGAUGGAUUUACAGGAUCUGAUUAAGGAUUUACAACUAUUGAUAUUUCUGACAAUUCAUAAAACUCCAAAGAAUUUGUGUAAAGUGAGUGCUUUGGUUCCUUUGAUUGCAGAGUCAUACGGUAUUUACAAGUUUUGUACAUCAAUGUUGAGAGCUAUGUAUCAACAGCUAGGAGCAGACGAAGCGUUAGCUGUUCUCUUCGAAAGAUUUGAUUCACAACACUUUAUGCUUAGGGAUUUUUAUACCGAUUGCCAUGCCAUUAAGUUUUUAACUAGUUUGGUCACAAUCCCGCGAUUAUCAAAUAAUCCACCUAACUUGCAAGUAACUGAUGAUGGUAAGCCAGUCACUCCAUCAAGACCGAGAUCUGAAACAGUUGAAAGUACGCCUCAAUUAUCUUCUCAGCCUACUUCAUCUUAUGAACCUCCUGCAGAAGCUCCACCACCAGUUGAUCUGAUUUUUCUCCAGCAGACUGGUAUGUUUGACCAGCAACAGCAGGAGCAACAACAGGUUCAAAGAGACUUAGAAUUAAAGCGUCAACAACAAAUGCAAGACCAAAUGCAGCAGCAACGUAUUUUUGAAGAGCAACAACGUCAGCAGGAAAGGCGCUUUUUAGAAGAACAACAGCUUUUACAACAACAACAGACACAGCAACAUCAAUCUCGUGUUACUGAGUUAGAACAUGAUUUAUUAAUGUUUAAGAAUCAAUAUGAUAAUGAUCAACAAUUAUUACAGCAAUACGACACUCGUGUUAAGAAUUUAGAAACCGAGUUAAUGAACUUAAAUACUACUGCUACUCAACAAGUUUCAUCAAAAGAUGAGCAAAUUGCUAACUUAGAGCAACAAAUUAAUAAUUGGACCAAAAAGUAUGAAUCAUUGGCUAAAUUGUAUUCACAAUUACGUCAAGAACAUUUAAACUUAUUAGCAAAGUUUAAAAAGAUUCAACAAAAGAUAAAUAGCGCUCAAGAGUCUAUUAUGAAAAAGGAAAAGUUUGAGAAGGAUUUAAAAGCGAAGAAUAUUGAAUUAGCCGACUUGAUUCGUGAGAGGGAUAGGGCAAGACUCGAUUUGGACAGGGUUAAAGCAACAAAGGAUCAGGAAAUUGAAAAGCUUCAAGCGGAAUUAAGAGAGUUAAAUAAUCAGGUAAAUGAAUCAGGUAAGUUGCAGUCCUUGAAUUUGUCUUCAAUCAUUUCUAAACAUCAAGAUGAGAUGAACCAAUUAAAGGAUCAAUUAUCAACUAGAGAUAGGGAGUUGACCAAUUUAGGUAGCAAUAGCUUACAAGACAAAUUGAAAGAAAAGGAAAUUGAUUUGGAAAUUGCUCAAGAAUCUUUAGAUAGUGCAUUGAGAGAACUUGCAAUAUCAAAGAACGACCAAGAAGACAUUAUCAAUGCUCAAAUAGACCAUAUUAUCAUUAGCAAUAUUAGUAAACUUAGAAAAUUGGUUGACAUAUUCUUGGCAAACAAUAUAAAACGAAUUCAAGAUACGAAAUAUGAACUUGCUUCUCCUAUACAAGCAGGUAACCUUAAUUCGCUGCCCGAACAUUUAUUGUCUAUUGUGGAAAUAAGUUCCGAUAUGGCUACAGACUUUGCAACUACUUUCAAUACGUUUAUCGUUGAUGAGAAGCAUAGUUACAAUGAUGAUAAUUCAAGCUAUUCAGGCAUCAUUUUAAAAAGCUCUGAAUUAACUACAGCGGUUAAUGAUUUAAUGCUAAAUGCCAAGGGUAUCUCAAGAAGUCUUUCUAAAGAAGACGAAGAUAAAAUUUUGAGAUAUGUUUCAAAUGUAUUAAUUAGUACUGAAGCAUUUUUCUAUAAUUUGAGUUCCGAUGUCUUAAGUAAGGUUGAAGAUGAAGAUGGUAAAAUAGACAAAGUAAUCGAUUGUAAUCUACAGGUACAAAACGAUUUACAAUUAUUAGGUAAUUAUCUUGAUACCUUAAGAUCCACCCAUGGAAUCAACUUCUCUCUGGGUAACUUGGAAGAUUUAGUCAAAAAUGAAAUGGAACAGACUGCCAAUACCGUUGAUCUUGCGUCGAAAUUUUUGAAGGAUCUCUUACAAAACCCAAAUAUAAAAAAUGGUAAUUUCGAAAUCCACGAAACCCUAUUAUCUGCUGCAAUGGCAGUAACAAAUGCAGUAGCGUUAUUAAUCCAAGCAGCUACUGAAUCACAAAGAGAAAUUGUCAGUAAGGGUAAGGGUUCCCAAUCGCGUACGGAAUUCUACAAGAAGAAUAAUAGAUGGACUGAAGGUUUAAUAAGUGCAUCUAAGGCAAUUGCAGGAGCUACAAAUGUGCUAAUUCAAACUGCAGAUGGCGUUUUAAAAGAAAAGAAUUCCCACGAACAAUUGAUUGUAGCUUCAAAUGAAGUUGCAGCCUCAACAGCCCAAUUAGUUGCUGCAUCUCGGGUUAAAGCAAACUUUGUAUCGCACACCCAAGAUAAUUUGGAAGUGGCAUCGGGUAAAGUAUCGAAUGCUUGUAAACUUUUGGUUGCAAAGGUUCAGCAACUUUUAUCUGAUGAUGAAAGUACUAAAAAUGAUAUUGAUUUAAGUAAAUUAACACCGUAUGAAGGCAAGACUAUUGAAAUGGAGCAACAAGUUGAGAUAUUGAAGUUAGAAAACAUGUUGAACUCUGCAAGAAAGAGAUUAGGAGAAAUUAGAAAACAUGGCUAUAAAGAUGAUAAUAGUGAUGAUGAAAACUAA